AUAAGGGAGGCGGCGUGUGGUGCCCGGGCUCUGCUCCCGCUGCAGCUGUCGGGGGUUUAUUACUUGCUGCUGCUGUGGGGAUGUUGGCAACGCGCGACACGCGCCUGGGAGCACACUUCUGCCCGGGAGGGAAACGGCCGGGCACAUAAGGGCUUUUUCUGUUUUGCGUCCCGUCUUUGGAAAGCGGCAAGAGAUAGAGGUUUUGUGGCGUAGUAUGGACUUGACAUCAUCACAACAUAAUCAUCUACAAAAUGAGCUGGUAAGAGAAUGGGAAAAACAAGAAGGAAGUUUAGUUAUUCUGAAAGAUAUAAAGCAGAAAAUAGAAGAGUGCCCUUUGCAGUAUGAAGGGAAACUUGUAUGGGAAAAAGAAGAUGAAGAGAUAGUUGCAGAAAUCAUGAGAAGGCGUUUUUUUCCUGCUUUAAUAACACAUAAGGCCUGGGAAGGCUUUCACUUUGCUGGCCAUGAGAUAAGAAUUACAGAAGCCACUGAUUGUUACGGGGCAGUCGUCUGGCCAUCGGCUCUUGUUCUGUGUUAUUUUUUGGAAACUAAUUCUAAACAAUACAAUUUGGUUGACAAAAAUGUGAUUGAAAUUGGAGCCGGAACUGGGUUGGUCUCCAUAGUAGCCAGUUUACUGGGUGCACUUGUGACUGCCACAGAUUUGCCAGAACUGCUGGGAAACCUUCAUCACAAUGUUCUACAAAAUACAAAGCUGAAAUGCAAGCACCAGCCUUGUGUUAAGGAAUUGUCUUGGGGAAUUGAUCUGGAAAAGAACUUUCCUAAGCCUUCCUGUCACUUUGAUUACAUUUUGGCUGCUGAUGUAGUUUACCACCAUCCCUUCCUGGAUGAACUUCUCCUGACUUUUGAUCACUUGUGCAGGAAUGACACUGUUAUUCUGUGGGCUAUGAAAUUUAGGUUGGAGAAAGAGAACCAAUUUGUGGGCAGAUUUCAGACACUGUUUGACUUAGAGGUGAUUUCUGAUUUCCCCAGUUUGAACAUAACCUUGUACAAGGCAAUGAGGAAAGGCAGGAUGAAAGCCAGACCUUCCAAAGUGACAGUCUGAAAGAGAGAUACAGGGGGGUGACAGUUCCAGCUGUUCUGCAGCUUGUUCUUUUUUUAAUAAUUUCCACGUUAGUAGCUGCUACCACCUGCAUAAUGACAUUUUUAGAGAUAGCUAAAACAAAACAUCCGGUUCCUAGUGCAUCCCCAACGAAUUCAUAAAUUGAAUUUUCUAUGUUUUAUACACAGAAGAAAUGUGUCUUUGAUGUUUGCUUGACUUUUAUGUGCUAAGUUGACAACACUAAUAACUUUCACAAGUCUUACCAUUAUUGUCAUGGGAUGUGUAAUGAAUAUUUCCAAUACUUUCAAGUGCAGCUUUGGACAGUGUCUUAUAAGAUCAACCAAUCAUUUAGAACUUAAGAGUAUGAUAAAUCUUCGUAUUUAAAAGCUGUGGUGUUAAAUCUGAUCUUUCCCCAUUCCCACUAUUGUGUAAAUCUUUCCUUUGAAAAGCCUUUAUAGGACAUUAAAUUAGCUAAAAAAACCCCCCAUCUGGGAAAUAUACUGUCAUAAUAAAGGGACAGAAUAUAUGUGUUACUCUUUGAUUUAAUGAUUAUUCUUUUUUCCCUUUCCAAUUUUUAUUUAGAUUCAGGGAUUUUUCAACAGACAGCUGCACACAUGAGGCAAGAGGGAGUUAAAUGUUUUGUUGCUUGAACAAAGGUCUUGAAUAAGAGGAGUACAGCAUAUCGGCAACUGCCCUUUGCCAAAGACCUUGCAUUCUUGGAGGUCUGCCCCUCCAGAAAUAGACGGUUAUCUGGACCUCAGGGAAGAACAAUGGAAAAACGACAGUGGCCAUCAAGACAGGAGUUUUGCACUGCCGGCUGGUGGUGACUGGAGGUAGAAAACUAAACCAGCCUGACGUGGUGUGGCUGAGGCAUGGGCAGGCUUAGAUUUCUUUUUUUUUUUUUUCGUAUGGGCAAACAAAAUACUUUUGUCCUGGCCAUUCAGUACUGCGUGUUCCUCCUUUCAGUGGUCGGAUUAAUGUGCUUGAAAGCCUAUUGGAGAACUGUCUUUUGGGAACAGUAAUAAAAUAAUUCUUUGGACACAC